AUGGGCCUAAAACUGGAGCCCCCAUCGCCAUCGCCGUCGCCUCGAGCGCCGGUCUUGGUGGUGUCGAAUUCCGGAAAGUCAUUGAUGGCGUCCAACUCUGCAAAGAUGUUGAUGGCAUCGAAUUCUGGCAAGGCAUUGGUGGUGUCCAACUCUGGCAGGGCCUUGGUCGUGUCACAUUCCGGGAAGAGAAUGGACCAGGCGGGCAAGAAAAAGUACGUGAAGCAGGUUACAGGGCGGCACAAUGACACGGAGAUGCACCUGGCGGCGCAAAGGGGCGACGUGGCGGCGAUUAAGCAGAUAUUAGGGGAAAUCGACGAGCAAAUGCUUCGAACUUUGAGCGGGGCCGAGUUUGAUGCGCAGGUGGCGGAGAUUAGAGCUGCAGUUGUGAAUGAGGUUAAUGAGCUGGGGGAGACGCCACUUUUCACCGCCGCGGAGAGGGGUCAAAUUGCUGUGGUGAAGGAGUUGUUGCCUUACACCACCAAGGAAGGGAUCACAACCAAAAAUAGAUCAGGGUUUGAUCCCUUGCACAUUGCUGCAAGUCAAGGCCAUCAUGAUAUUGUCCAGAUACUGCUACAGCACGACCCUGAAUUAAGCUUGACAGUCGGUCAAUCAAAUGCAACUCCUCUUAUAUCUGCAGCUGCUAAAGGGCAUGUAGCAGUUGUUAAUGAAUUACUUUCAACGAAUUCUAGCUUGCUCGAAAUAUCAAAAUCGAAUGGAAAAAAUGCAUUACAUUUAGCUGCUCGCCAAGGGCAUGUAGACAUCGUAAAAGUGUUGCUUGAGAAGGAUCCCCAAUUGGCGAGAAGAACAGACAAGAAAGGACAAACCGCACUGCACAUGGCUGUUAAAGGCAUUAGCUGUGCAACGGUGAGGUUGCUGCUGCAGGCAGACUCAGCCAUUGUAAUGCUUCCAGACAAAUUCGGCAAUACAGCUUUACACAUAGCCACCAGGAAAAAACGCGUGGAGAUCGUGAAUGAGCUCUUACUUCUCCGUGACACAAAUGUCAAUGCAUUGACAAGAGACCGCAAAACAGCCCUCGAUAUAGCUGAAGGACUCCCUCUAUCAGAAGAAACUGUAGAAAUGAAAGAGUGCUUGACUCGUUAUGGUGCUGUCACUGCCAAUGAACUGAAUCAGCCUCGGGACGAGCUUCGGAAAACUGUUUCAGAAAUCAAGAAAGAUGUCCACUCACAGCUCGAACAAGUGCGUAAAACCAACAAAAAUGUGAACGGCAUAGCAAAAGAGCUCCAGAAGCUCCACCGAGAAGGAAUCAAUAAUGCUACCAAUUCAGUGACCGUGGUGGCUGUCCUCUUUGCAACAGUUGCUUUUGCAGCUAUUUUCACAGUUCCGGGAGGUGACGAUGACAACGGAAUGGCCGUGAUGGUACACAGUCCAUCUUUCAAGUUAUUCUUCAUUUCAAAUGCUGUUGCACUCUUCACUUCCUUGGCUGUUGUGGUAGUACAAAUUACGGUGGUCCGAGGUGAGAUAACAUCCGAGAGACGAGUUGUAGAGGUGAUCAACAAGUUGAUGUGGUUGGCCUCCGUUUGCACCACGGUGGCUUUUAUUGCUUCAUCUUAUAUUGUCGUAGGGCGCCGCAAUAAAUGGGCUGCAACUCUUGUCACAGUUAUAGGGGGAGUUACAAUGGCUGGUGUUCUAAGUGCCAUGACAUAUUACGUGGUGAAAUCCAGAAGGAAUCGAAGAGUAAGAAAAAAAGAGAAGUAUUCGAGGAGUGGAACUUAUUCAAUGCAUCAUCACGACACUGAUUCAGAAGUAAACCCGAUUUACGCACUUUGA